GUUUCCUCUCGUGCGAGUGAGCGGUAGUGCAGGGACAGUGUAGUACUUCAUCCGUGCUGAUUUAGUGUUUUAGCUAACUGCAGUGUUUAGCGUUAACAAAGGCCAGACAAUGGCAGACAAGAUGGAUAUGUCCUUAGACGACAUCAUCAAGCAAAACAGACAGCGCGGGGGUGGAGGCGGCCGCGGAGGGAGAGGAGGCCGCGGGGGGCGCGGAGCCACAACCGGCGGCGGCCGCGGAGGAGGUGGCGGCGCCAGCGGACGGCUCGGAAAUACAGGCGGAGGAUUUGGAGGCCGCGGCGGGGGUUCGGGCCCCAUGAGGAACCGCCAGAACCUGAGCCGCGGAAGAAGCAGACCGACACCGUACAGCAGGCCCAAGCAGCUCCCCGACAAGUGGCAGCAUGACCUGUUCGACAACGGCUACAGCUCCAAUGCUGGAGGAGGUGGUGGUGGUGGCGGCGGAGGAGCGGGCGUGGAGACCGGAGGAAAACUCCUCGUGUCCAAUCUCGACUUUGGCGUCUCCGAUGCAGACAUUCAGGAACUCUUUGCAGAAUUUGGCACUUUGAAGAAAGCAGCAGUACAUUACGAUCGCUCAGGACGCAGCCUCGGCACUGCGGAUGUUCACUUUGAGAGGAAAGCGGACGCCCUGAAAGCCAUGAAACAGUACAACGGUGUUCCCCUUGAUGGUCGGCCAAUGAACAUUCAGCUUGUAACAUCACAGAUUGACGCACAGAGGCGGACUCCGAUGCAAGGUCUAAAUCGUGGAGGUGGUGGCAUGAACAGAAACCGAGUCGGAGGUUUUGGCAUGCAGAAGGGUCGCGGAGGCCGAGGUGGAGGAUCCAGAGGUCGGGGACGAGGCGGUCGAGGAGGCGGCGGCGGCAGCAAGCAACAGCUCUCGGCGGAGGAGCUCGACGCCCAGCUAGACGCCUACAAUGCUAGGAUGGACACCAGCUAAAUCUCACCGCACCGAGCCGCAUUCCCCACUGUUACCACAUUGGAGGGUGGUCCUCAUCAUCAUCGUUGUUAUAGCUUUGAACAUGCCGGAUGUUUUACACUCGCGUCUUCAGAUUUAAAUUUGUGUAUCGAUCUUUCUCCUUUUAAAAUGCUGACGUGUUUUUUACCUACUUUGUUUUAUUUGUUUUUCCUUUCUUUUUGAGAAAAAAACCUGGUUGGACUGUAGGAUUUGGGGGAUGGAGUUCUCUCCACCCCGUCCCUGUGUAGAUCAUUGAAAUAAAACCUGCAGUGUUUAGUAAACCA